GUCUGCAAAUGCCACCCACGAGGUCAUCAAUGCCACCCUCCACACUCUGCUGGCCGCUACUACCAAGCUGGUGGCACCUACACCUCCCAAGCCCAUCCUUCCAGUUCAGACUGGAGUCCAGGCACAGCAAGAGGAACAGUCCAGUGGCAUGACGAUUUUUUUUAGUCUUCUUGUUAUAGCUAUUUGCAUCAUAUUGGUGCAUUUACUGAUAGAAUACCGGCUUCAUUUUUUACCAGAGAGCGUGGCUGUUGUUUCCUUAGGUAUCCUUAUGGGAGCUUUUAUAAAAAUCAUAGAGGCUCAAAAGCUGGCCAACUGGAAGGAAGAAGAAAUGUUUCGUCCAAAUAUGUUUUUUCUGCUUUUGCUUCCACCUAUUAUAUUUGAAUCUGGAUAUUCACUGCACAAGGGUAAUUUUUUUCAGAACAUUGGUUCCAUCAUUCUGUUCUCAGUAUUUGGCACUGCAAUAUCAGCUUUCAUUGUAGGUGGAGGAAUCUAUUUCCUGGGCCGGGCUGAUGUAAUUUAUAAACUCAACAUGACAGACAGUUUUGCGUUCGGCUCUUUGAUAUCUGCAGUUGACCCCGUGGCCACUAUUGCCAUUUUCAAUGCCCUUAAUGUGGAUCCUGUGCUUAACAUGUUGGUUUUUGGAGAAAGUAUUCUCAACGAUGCAGUCUCAAUUGUCCUGACCAACACAGCAGAAGGUUUGACAAGGGAAAAUAUGUCAGAUGUAAGUGGAUGGCAAACCUUUCUACAGGCACUGGGAUACUUUCUCAAGAUGUUCUUUGGCUCUGCAGCACUUGGCACACUUACUGGUCUUAUUUCUGCAUUAGUACUAAAGCACAUUGAUUUAAGGAAGACACCUUCCCUGGAAUUUGGGAUGAUGAUUAUCUUUGCUUACCUUCCUUAUGGACUUGCAGAAGGGAUCUCACUCUCAGGUAUCAUGGCAAUCCUGUUCUCUGGCAUCGUGAUGUCUCACUACACUCACCACAACCUGUCCCCAGUGACACAGAUCCUGAUGCAGCAGACACUCAGAACUGUGGCUUUCAUGUGUGAAACGUGUGUUUUUGCAUUUCUUGGCCUGUCAAUUUUUAGUUUUCCUCACAAGUUUGAAAUGUCCUUUGUCAUCUGGUGCAUAGUGCUGGUUCUCUUUGGUAGAGCAGUGAAUAUUUUUCCACUUUCCUACCUACUCAACUUUUUCCGUGAUCAUAAAAUCACUCCCAAAAUGAUGUUUAUCAUGUGGUUUAGUGGAUUACGUGGUGCCAUUCCUUAUGCCCUCAGCCUGCACCUGGGCCUGGAGCCCAUCGAGAAGCGGCAGCUCAUCGGCACCACGACCAUCAUCAUCGUGCUCUUCACCAUCCUGCUGCUGGGAGGGGGAACCAUGCCCCUCAUCAGGCUCGUGGACAUCGAGGACUCCAAGCCCCGCAAGAGGAGCAAGAAGGAUGUCAAUCUCAGCAAGACAGAGAAGAUGGGAAACACCAUAGAAUCUGAGCAUUUGUCAGAGCUCACAGAGGAGGAAUAUGAAGCCCAGUACAUAAAACGUCAGAACCUCAAAGGGUUUAUGCGGCUUGAUGUGGAGUAUUUGAAUCCUUUCUUCACCAGAAGACUCACACAAGAACUCGGGGUGCUGAGCCAGGGCUGGGCUCCUGCCCUGCAGCCCCUGCCCCUCGUUCAGGUGACACCCACAGCUCUGCUGCCGCUGCUCAGGAAGGGAAACCCACAAGGGUCAGACGCUGGGUGGGCUCAGGGAAGAACCUUGUGCUCAGACUUCACUGCGCAGCAAAUUCCAGGCAGCCCGAUGAGGGGCAAACCAUCUGCCCUGGAAUGAUGCCAUUGUUAAUGGGGAUGGGCUUGUUGCCAUCCCAAAACCUGCUGGGACCACACGCUGCAGGACAGGGCCGUGCGUGGCUCUGCAAAACAACAAAUUGCACUUUACCUUUUUUAUAUAUAUAUAUAAAUAUAUUCAUUCACAGCAUGAAGAGUCUUGACAGCUUAUACUGUGAAUUUGUUUCAGCACUAGUAAGGGAAUCUGACUGGAGGAAACGUAUAAUUUAUGGAGUUUGCACAUUUUGAACCCAGAAAAGAUGCAUACCUUGACAAGAGCAGAUGUUGCACAUACAGGGAAUCACCUCUGGAAAUGUAGUUUUGUCACUUAAGAAAUCCUUGACUUCUGUUUUAUGGGAUAUUUUGUUUUUUAUGGUGAGGGAUCUGAUCCACAGUACUGAUUAUAGCAUGGUUUUGGGAAAAUGGGGGUCUGUGACAGCACAGAACUGCAUUUGAAAUUGUAGCUUCUUUUCUUUGGCUAAAGCCAGUUGCAGUUGGGUUUCUAUAAUUGGCAGUUGCUCCUUGCUGGCACUUUGGCUUCAAAUCUUAGAAAAGAGCAGCUUCUGUUUUGCCUAAUUUAUGAAAUGUCCCUAACACUCCAGAAUUCACCAGUGGAAUUUUUAAGCUUCAGUGGAAGCAAAGGCAGGACAUAGGUGAGGAAAAACAGCCUUCAAAAUCUAAUCCAGGUACAGAAAGAUUAAUAUUGCACGUGGCUGAAGCAGCCUCUGCUGGGAAGUGCCAAACAGCUUCCAUUAAGCUGUCCCAUUUUCCUCUUCUGCUUACACUGUUUCAGAAUCUGUGUUAUCACUGCAUUUGUUCUCCAUGGCCCAGUGUUUGCUCGGCAUUGCCAACACCUGAACGUGUUUGUUACACAUUUGCCAUGGUGACACAUGCAGCAGUUUGCUCCCACUGCCAAAUUCCUCCUUGGUCAUUUACAUAUCCACCGUCAGGAUGUGAAUUACAGUUCAGCACCCAAAUCUGACAUGCAAAUGUGCAUGUUUGUUUCUGAAGAUGUGAGACUUAGUUUUGGUCUGGUUUUGCUACUGAGUUUUUUAAUCCACUGCUUACCUACUGAGAGAAUAAAAGUUCAAGAAUGUAUUCAGAAUCCUGAA